CCACCUAUGUUAUAGAGGCAGAGUUCGAAUCCUAUGUUUUAGCAGCGGGACCGCGCAACGAUAAUAUAAUAAAUCAAGAUAAAUGUGGAAGUUAAAAGGUUAAUAAACCACGUGGUUCAUCAUGUGAUAAAGUCACGCGAUGUAAACUUCAGCCCGAGGUUCAAGUGCUGUUCACUGCAGCAGAUCACGAGAUUCAUCUAUUGUAUAAAAACACAGCAUUACACAAUUAAACCUUUACUUGAUCAGAGUUCUGGCAAAAGAAUAACCACCACUGGAAUCACAAUGAAGUUGCUGAUCCUCACACUGUGUAUUGCAGCAACCUUAGCUGUCAAUACUGAUCUAGACCAGGAAUGGGGGCUAUGGAAGGAUAGUAACCAGAAACUUUACGACGCGGAUGAGGAAGUAUUCCGUAGAUUCGUAUGGGAGUACAACUACAAAGUGGUUAAUGAACACAACACUAGAUAUGCAUUGGGUCAUACGUCAUACACCAUGGCGAUGAACAGCUUAGCAGACUUGACACACACCGAGUUCAAGAAACGAAUGAACAAUUACAUUAUGCCGAAUACAACGUAUAAACGCGUUGACAGCUUCGUGGAUACAUCCAGCCUUCCAGCAACAGUCGAUUGGCGUCCCAAGGGGUAUGUCACCCCAGUCAAAAAUCAGUUACAAUGUGGUUCAUGCUGGGCAUUCAGUGCAACUGGAUCGCUCGAGGGUCAAACCUUCAACAAGACCGGCAAACUACCAAGCCUCAGCGAGCAGAACCUCGUCGACUGUGCGUCUGCUUCCAAAUACAGCUGCAGUGGAUGCGAGGGUGGUCAAAUGUCCGGUGCUUUCAUGUACGUACAUGAUAACAAUGGAAUCGACUCCGAAGAAUCCUACCCAUAUCAAGCAAAGGAUAAGAAGUGCCGAUUCAAACGAGCCCACGUUGCAGGUACUGUCAAAUCCUACGUCUCUGUUCCUUCCAUGGACGAGAAGGCACUCCAGAAGGAUGUAGCUACUGUUGGACCAAUCAGCGUAGCUAUCGAUGCUAGCCACCAAUCCUUCCAGCUCUACCACUCAGGAGUUUACGACGAGCCCCAAUGCAGUCAGACCCAGUUAGACCACGGUGUAUUAGCAGUCGGAUACGGCACUGAGGACAGUCAGGAUUACUGGCUUGUGAAGAACAGUUGGGGUACUAACUGGGGAAUGAAAGGUUUCAUCAUGAUGUCACGUAAUGUUCAGAAUCAAUGCGGUAUUGCAACUGAUGCCAGUUAUCCCAUUGUCUAAUAAGUUACGUCUUCAAAUCAACUAUAACAAGAAAUGUCUUUCUCCAUAAGACGAUCAGAUCAUACUGAUCGAAACGUCGAGUUGAAACCAAGGGUUCUUUUUUAGAACCACCCCAACUCAUUAGAGAUAGUCAUUACAUGGUGUUACCGCAAACCUUUCCAUAUCGUAUUUCCACCAUGCAAAGUUUCGAAUUCUGCUUAAGCCAUUGCAGAGCCAUCGGUCAGUCCACGGGCUUUCAACAUAAUCUGGUGAAAAACGGGUACGUUAGAUAAGCUUCCCUGUGUCGACCCCGCGGUGCUCACUCGGGUGAGCCCCUAGACCUUUUCGCAAAAUACCGGGGCG